GUGUCCCUUUGACCAAAAGAAAUAAAUCAAGAGGUUUCACUGUCUCUCUCCUCAUCUAUGAAAUUCACGGAAUCAAUUUCUCUUCUUCCUCCAGUCCCAAUCACUCUAUCUUCUCUUGCUUCUGAUCGCCAUCUCCUCCUUUACAGAGAGGUUGAUGUCUGGCAUGGGAGUAAUCGUUUCGGAUCGCUACAAAGGUGGAGAGAGAUCUCGGCUUGGAAGAGGGAAGAGAACUGAGAGAGGAGUUCCAGGUGGCGAGUGAUGACAUCGUGUCGAGGAGACGAAUCGCUUGGGGAGACGCUCGGCGUUGGAAGCGGGGGAUCCGGAGGCGAGUGCGGAGGAGAAGGAGGAGGAGGAUAAGGAAGGGGAGAUGAAUGGGGCGAGGAUGGGAUUGUUGGCCGAGGAGUCUAGAAGUGAAGAGGAUGGUUGUGAAUCAUAACUUGUGAUGGUUAGGAGAGUGAGGAAUCGCUACAAAGCCAGCUCACAGAAGUCGAGAUUUGUUCUCUCAAUUCAAGGUAACUCCGAUGAUCUCGUCGUUUUUCAGUGUUAGUUUUUUGAAUCUCGUUCGAUGUGGUUUUUGGAUUUGAUGAUAAGUAAGAUAAUGUUUAUUUGUUUGCAAAUAUAUUUAAUCUUGCUAGAUAUGAUGUUUAGACUGUUAGAGAAGAUUGUGAUCACUGAAUGAUUUUCUUGCAGCCUCAUCUUGUGCUUGGAUUGAUCUCACAACUCAUAAAGUCUCGGUUUGUCUAUGUUGUAGUGACGAGUAUAGUACUUGGUCUGACUAAAGUUGUUGUUGUUAUGUACUCUAGUCACACGUUUGCAAAGGUGAAGAGGGACUUCAUUUGUCUGUACUUCAAUGAACUGUGCCACCUUUCACCAGAUGGUGGUAGCUGGUGAAUCAGCUAAUACCGUGGAGCUUGUGAUCAACAAGAGAGGGGAGAACAAAGUAAUGUCCAGGACUCUUGGGUCUCGGGAAUUCAUGCGCUAAUACAAACAGAAGCCACCACCAUCUUCUCAGAAACACAUUGUCAACUCUCUAGCCACGAUGUUUGUUUACACGUCACUGGUAUGUUUCCGAUGAGUUAGGUUACAUGAUCAUAGUAUUGUAGCCAAUGAGACAGAACAUAGGAUACGAUUAUGAAAUGUAUUUGUAUUUUUAUUAUGUUUUAUGUCAUUUUUAAUAAAAAUUGUAUGUAUGUUUUUAUUUUAAAUCAUUUUAUUAAAAAAAAAAUUAAGAAUCCC